AUGUCGGAGCCAGCAACAGUUUCCCGUAAAGCGAGCGAGUCGAUCGUUAUCGAUGCCUUGGCUCUCCAGAGUUUCGACAACGGAGACUUCGAACAGGCGGAGAUACUGCAACGAGGAGCACUCGAAGAGACCAGCCAGGCUUUUGGUGCGGACCACCCACUUGCCACCAACAUCAUGCACAACUUGGCCGCAACGCUGCUGGUGCUGGAGCAGCACGACGAAGCUUUAGAGCUGGAGCACGAAGUCGUCCGACGACACGAGAUGAUUCUGGGGCCCUAUCAUCCAGCCACGCUGGCCGCCAGAAGCGCACUUUCCAGGAUCAUGACCAUGGCGGAUCAAAUGGAUGAAAGCAUAGAAGUCGACGACGACGUGCUGAAGAAAAGGCGAGACACUGGGGCGUUUCGCAAGGUUCUGGAGCACCUCGCUUCAUCAGCGUGGUAUCAGCCGCACAACGUGCACAAGACUUUGGCCGUACAGGAAGUGGUCGCCUCGGCUCGCCAGAGAGUGCUGGGCAAGGAACACCCGCAGACCCUACUGGCAGUGGCGACAUUGGUCGCAACAUUGACGCACUGUGGAGAUUUAGAAGCGGCGAUCAAACAUCAGAGAGAAAUCAGGGACCUGCAGCAGGAAUCCUUCCACUUGGAUGAACUCGAUGAACUAUCACCGAGCGAGAUCCUGGCAUUCCUCCUCCGCGAAGACGGUAGACUCGUGGAUGUUCUCUCCCUACGCCGUGAGAUGUUUGAGCAGUGCAAGGCAGAGAAUGGCGAGGACCAUCACACGACGCUUGUGACAAUGAGCAAGCUGGGCGCAGCACUAUGGGAGAAUGGUGUCUCGGAUGAAGCCGUUGCAACUCAGAGCGCAGUCUGGGAGAUGGGACGAGAACAGAAUGGCGAUGAGCAUGAGGAGAGCAUUGACGCACUCGAGGACCUGGCCUUCAUGCUCUACUGCCAGCAACAGACUGACGCCGCCAUCUCUCACCAGCAGAAAGUAGUUGCCUGGAGACGCGAGCACAUGCAAUUGCUUGACUACAAAGCUGUCAGGUCGGGCGAAACACUUGCCUUCCGGCUCUUUGAACAGGGCCAGUUUGACGCCGCAGUUUCGGAGUUCCAGACUCCGGUAAAGACAAUCGGUCAUUGA